CUCUGGAUUCAUGCAGCAAAAUUGUUCUUUCCGUGAGGAAUUUGACAAAUUGACCAAUCGGAAAAACUUCAAAACAUUUGUAGCAUCAUCUUGACUAUAUACCCCCGUGAUCGUGUACAGGUUUCUUCUGGAGCCGAAACGAGAAUCAGGAUCGGCCCGCUCUCGUGCGUUAUCCUCUCGUACAUACACGCGUCCGUCGCGACUCAGGGUGGGGGAUGCGCCGCGAAAGAGAGAGAUAGUCUUGCCGAGACGGGCAAUACGGCACGCGUAUAAAUACAAGCGGUCGCGUUCGCUCGCGCUUAGUUGCUGCGAUACCCGAUUCACGUGACGGCUGUUGAUCGAGCGCGCCUCUCGAUCCGCACUAGCAGGCCUCGUUCUCCCCGCGUAUUUUCUUUAUUUACGCUUUCGACGUGUAUUGCGUGCGUGCGUGUGCGUGGCGUACGUGCGUGCGUGCCGUGCUGUUUGAUAACGAGAGCGAGUCUCGAAGGGGAAGAAAAAGGACGCGAGGAAGAGCGCGACGCUCUAUCUUUGCUCGGUUCCGCGCCGCGCCGCGACGUUUUAAGCGCGCGUGUGUUCGGAAAGAAGCGUACGGGAAAGAGGAAUAGUUAUUUAUAUUUGAGAAGAUAUAAAGAGAGAGGAGAGGAAAAGAGAGAUUCGAGGAGAGAGAAAGGUCUCCUCAGAAUUUUCUCGCGUUCUCGUCGCCGAUGCACGAUGCGAAACAACAACCAAGUCUCGUCUCUGCUGCCCUCGGCAGGUGAGGGCUGAUCGAGUCGAGGUAAAGACGGAACCAGAUCUAAAUAGUUUCGAGAAUAUCGCCGAAUUGAGAAGCAAAAGUUCGUGCUUGUACAGAAAAAUUCAGUCUUCCGUUUCUGAAGAACGAGGCGAAACUCGUUGAUCGAUCGCUGGAUGGUGUAAAAACGGAGCGUUUCGCGCCAGCCAGGGGUCGGCGGGGGUAUACAAAGGAAUAAAUAAAUAAAAAUAUAAAAAUAAACCGCGGAUCUCUCAGAGUUGGGUCAACGAUCGCGCAGAUCCCGACGUUGUUCUCCUCCCCUGCACGGGCGUAUCCGGGCGUCGAUCGGAGCGCACACGCACACGCAUCGGCGUACUCCUACGUGGUUAGCACUAUACGCGUUUCACGAGAGUGACCGCGUCGACGGCGUCGUCGGCGUCGGGAGUGAAAAGGCGGUCGACCGUUCGGCUGCUUUCACCGCGACGAGCCGCGCCGCGCGCCGGUGGAAUAAUGCCGCUGAUCGCGCUUUACCGCUUCGUACUUUCGUCUCUGUCUCUUAUCUCUCUGUGAGAAACGACGGCAGCCGCAAAGUCGUCGAUAAUUCAUCACCGGAUAGCAUUCCUUCACAUCGGGGAUCGUCUGCGAUUAGAGGAGGUGUGAAAAUUGGCUCGUCGAAAUUGGCGCAACCGGCGCGAGAAAUCGCGCGUCUUAUCGCGCAUGCAGGUAGCGGAUCGGAGCGUCCGCACGAUUUGCAGGUAUAGCGCGAUAAGCCAAAUCGACAAGCGUCGAGAGUGUCUAUUCCCUCUGCGGCGCUUUGGAAUUCGCGGACACCGCAACGUAACCUUCGACGGCCUCGCCGCCGCCGCCGCCCCCCGCCGCCGCGCCGGUGUGUAAUAUUAAAUAGACAGCGGCGAAAAAGAUCGUGGCGGUCGACUCUCGUGGCGCGUCUUUGCCCGAGGAUACUUGGAAUCUUGGUGUUCACUCAAUUCGUGGAUACAUAUCUAAUCGUGAACGGGCGUAAUCGCCGACGGCUUGUUCACUGUAAAUUAUUCGGUCAACGACACCGAGACCACAUCCGCCGCAUUCUUCGAUAGUUCGUUUCGCAGGAUCAGCGAGAUACCUUAUACAUAUAUUUUGUACACCGUCUCUCGAGAUCCCUCGACGAUCUUUCUGGCGUAAGACAUUAACGACUUCGCAGAAAGCAGCGAUCCAUUCGAUGCAAUUAUUUUAUCCUCGUCCGACGAUUUUCCAACAGUAUCUUGCUGCUGUAUAAGACGUUAACCCGACGUUAGCGAUAUCAACGGAGAAGAGCCAGCCAAGAGUCUUUCACAACGGUCGGCUCGGUGUAUACAGCCAGUAAAUACUUAAUCCGGACGCGAGCUCUGACCCUCGGUGACCUCGAUACGCAAGAUACCAACUCGACAUUUCCGACGAUCUCUGGCGAUGCGCGAUACGCGAUUGUGAAUUGCUCGUCAUAUGGACGACGUGGCCAUUCCAGUUAGCAUGGAAACAGCCAAGAUGUACAUCAGCGAGCCGCAGAACGGUCACACGACCACCAAGUUCGCCUCGACCAACUCCAUCCCGGCGAUGAUGGAGCAGGAGUCGUCGCUGGCGAGGAUCCUCGGCGCCGUCGGGAAGCAGCGCGAGAAUGUGGCGAUCCUGCGCGACACGAAGACCCGCCGGCACAGCGUUCUGGAAGAUCUGAAGGCACGACGAGACAGUCUCAUGCAGAGGGCCCGUAGGGUCAGUCUGUUCGAGGAGAAGGAGAAUAGCGCCAAGGACAAUGUUAAGGACGGCGUCAAGAGUGACGUCAAGGAUGGCAACGCGAAGGAUAAGUCGAAGGACAAGAGGAGGAGCAGCGACAGCAACGGCGGUAGGAGAGGCUCGGUGUUCUACGUAUCGGAGGAUCUGCUUGAGGAGAAUCAGGAGGUGUUGGAAAACGAGGACCGUGACCGCGUGGCCCAAGAGGCCAAGAAGGGACGCCGGAAGUCCUGGCAUCCGCUCGUGAAGCCUCCCAAGCUGGAUCGCAAAAGGAGGAAGGGCGUGUCCGGCAUUCCCUCGGAUUCCGGCAGCACGGAGGGACUUUAUUCGCAGAGUUAUCCGCGACAGAAGAGGCCAUCCUGGUGGAACAUCUUCGUACCGGACUCGGUCGUCAGGUCCAGGCGAAUGUCCCAGGAUGUCACAACCUCGAAAUCGACGGAAAACCUCUCGGCGACUUUCAGGAGUAAGAGCCGUAGCGUGGAUCAUGGACUUACGCCACCCAUCGAUUUCGAUGCUCUGCGAAGCAAAGUCGAAGGACGCUUCGAAUCUGUGGAUAAACUCUCGAAAGAUUCCGAUAACGAGAGCAAAGAUGGCUCCACGACACAGGAGAAGAAGCACGGUCGCGUCUCGCAGCCCAUCAACACCAUUGCCUACACGGUGGGCGAUAGAGACACGCUUACGUCGGUGGCGGCGCGAUUCGAUACGACGCCGUCCGAACUGAGCAAAUUGAACAGGCUCGGAAGUACUUUCAUUUAUUCCGGUCAGCAGUUAUGGGUGCCGGCGAAAGGAGAAGGUCGCCCGGGAGGCGGAUCUGCCGCGGAUGCGCCCAGCCCUGACCCUUGCCACGAUCACGAGUCCCAGGAUGACCUACCACCCGAAGAAAAAGAACUUCUGGACAAUCUAAGACCAGUGUCACCAAAGCCCGGCCAUAUGGAGCGCAUAAAAACACCCCUUGGAACUUCCGGCGCGACUGCGGAUGAAGAUGAGCAACCGUUCAGGGAAAGAUUUUUGAAAAUUAAUGUCAGGCACAUCACAGAUGGCCAGGGUGUAGUCGGCGGUGUGUUGUUAGUCACGCCAAACGCAGUUAUGUUCGAUCCAAAUGUGUCGGAUCCUCUCGUCAUCGAGCACGGCGCUGAGUCUUAUGGAGUGAUUGCCCCAAUGGAGUUCGUGGUCAAUGCUGCGAUUUACUACGAUAUCGCGCACAUGAGGGUCUCCCAUGCCGAAUGCGGACAUUUGGACAAAAAGCCUGAAAUUUAUUACAUGAAGAAACCCCAAGUAGACAAUCGUAAAUGUCAGUCUCCUGGGAAAGAUGAGAAUUUUCCCGAACUGGCAGGUGACGACAGCGAAAGUGUGUGUAGCUGCGCCGAGAGAGACGGCGACGCUUUUCCAAAGGCCUUCGAGCGAGAGCUUGUUACUCCAACCAAUCUCCAGGGUGAGGAGAACUCAACUUCGACCAAAGAUAAAGAGAAGGAGAAAGACGGUAAUGAGAAGGAAGUUUGCACUGGCGGCCAAGCUAGUAGAACUUUAGAGGAACGCAGACGUUCCAUGCUUGACCAUCAUUGGGCAGUUCCUAGCAAAGAUCGGAGUACGUUUUCUGUUGACGACGAGCAACAGGAUUCAUUAAAUUCUGAUAAGCCGGCGGAACCAGCCAAAUCAAAUGCCAUUCCCGAGGACGAAGAAGGAUCUCUAGUCAAACAGUCGUGCCAUGAUUCUGGUAUUGAUAUCCGUGAUCCUAAUCCACCUAUUCCGGUAGUGCAGCCUAUACCGUCGAAAAAGGUUUACUCGGAUGCGGAUAUUGUUUUAUCCUCAGAUUGGGUUCCCCCGAUAACGAUAGCACCAACGAAUGUUACGAGCACGUUGGAAGCCACUUCGGCUAUUAAUGGCAGGAAAAAAGCCAGCUCGGUGUCUUUCAGCUUAGAGAGUAACGCAGAGGAGCCCGAGAAGGAUGAAGAACACAAGGAAGAUGAUAAACAGGAAACUCGAAAGAACAAGAUGCUAAAACGUCUGUCAUAUCCAUUGUCCUGGAUGGAAGGUUUAACUGGAGAGAAGGAUGACGAAAGCAGCAAAUCCCUCUCCGACAAGAUGUCGAGCCUUCCAAACAGCGCGGACUCUCAUCAUUCCUCUGUUUUCAGCAAAGUCUUCUCGAGCUCGCCUAUCAACCUGGUGAGUGACUUUAGCUCGGGCCUGUUUGCUAAAACCCCCAGCGAAGAGAGUGGCGGUAGAGCGGGCGGAACCCCUCCGCUUACCGCCUCCUCUCUCUCCCAGGACUCCAGCCUCAAUUUCUCACCUGGUCCAGGAGGCCUCAUUGGACGCUCUUCCGUGGGUACUUUUAUUAGACAGCAACCUUUAACAUCUUCCGGCAGCAGCAGCGUCGAUAGCAGUCGAGGUAGCAAAACUUCCGCGACGGCGCCGCGAUUGGAUUACCGCAGUAUGGUCUCGGUUGAGGAUAUGCCGGAAUUGUUUGUGAGUUUCGACAAACUGAUCCCACGACCUGCUCGUUCUUGCGAGGACCCACCGUUGUAUCUGAGGCUACGAACGGGAAGACCCAAGGACAAGAAGAUACCACGAUCGACGCCAAUUAUGAGCUACGGCAAGAAGAAGCUGCGCCCUGAAUACUGGUUCAGCGUGCCACGCAACAGAGUGGACGAUCUGUAUAGGUUCAUUCAUGCGUGGGUGCCGAGCCUCUACGGCGAGCUGGAUGAGAACUACUGGCGGGAACGCGGCUACAUCCUGUCCGAUACCGACACCGACCUGUCGCCGGAACUGUCGCCGCAGGAGAGUGGCGAGGGCGCGGAUUCCACGGAGGAGAGCAAAACUGGGCAAGACGAAAUCAGCGAGUUGACAAGGGAAUCCUGGGAGCUGAUCAAGGCCCCCUACGUAAAGCUGUACAGCAUCCUGAAGACCUCGAGCACGUCGGCCGAUUCCGAGCAGAUCCAGGAUUCGGAGGUGCUGUCUAUGAGCGAGGAGUUCAGGCGAGCUCUUUACGCGAACAGUGCCAUUUCUCUGGAUAACGACGUCAUCGUGCCCGAUCUCAUUGGCACUACGGAAAUACUCAGCGAUGAACACAGGGAACAGCUCUGCCGACAUCUGCCCGCGAGAGCGGAGGGUUACCAGUGGACUCUCGUCUUCAGCACCAGCCAGCAUGGCUUCAGUCUGAACAGCAUGUAUCGAAAAAUGGCGAAGGUCGAGAGUCCAAUCCUGUUAGUUAUCGAGGACACGGAGGGCAAUGUGUUUGGUGCGCUGACUUCGUGCUCCCUGCACGUGAGCGAUCAUUUUUACGGUACCGGCGAGUCCCUGCUCUUCAGGUUUACGCCGAGGUUCCAAUGUUUCAAUUGGACCGGGGACAACUUGUACUUUAUCAAGGGCAACAACGAGAGCUUAGCAAUUGGUGCUGGAGACGGCAAGUUUGGGCUCUGGCUGGACGGUGAUCUGUAUCAAGGCAGGACACAAGCCUGCAGCACAUACGGCAACGAGCCGUUGGCGCCGCGCGAAGAUUUCGUCGUUAAAACAUUGGAAUGCUGGGCGUUCAUAUAGGACAUGGCCUCAUAUCCCCAACCGGCCACUCCUUCGUCGUCACCACAGCCUAAUUUAACCUGAACGCGAAGCCUUACGAAGGUUUCGCUUCCCCAGGAGAGAUUAGAGGAAGACUAAUGGAUUCUAAGGACAUUGUCGGAGGAGUUGAAUCGUGUCGAUGACGCUGAUUAACUCGAUUGCCAUUUGGGAAAAUCUCGCCCAGUGUUAGACAGGAUGAUUCUCCGAGGAGAAAGGAAUGAAUCGUCAAUGUCCGCACGAAGAGAUAACGAUGGCGUUGCCUGAAAAUGGUGAAACCGACAAGAAGCAGCCUCGAAAGGGAUGCGGACGGUAAAAAGAGACUGUCGUGGCCCGAAGUUAUGCGAUCAUAGCGCGUGAUAAUAACAUGCCUACUUGCAUAUCGCAUAGCUACCGAUUAUCGUUAAUUGCUCCCCGACUCCUCUGUCUUUUUUUUAAGUUGGCGUAUUUAUUUUAUUUUUUUUAAUAUUCUGUUAAAUGAGAUCGUCACUCAUUAAUUUGAUUUGCGGUUAUUGUGAGUUGACCGAGAGUCGAAGAAUUAUGAUUACUUUGUAUGAUAAUCGUUACUUCGAACUAGUCGUGAGUUUACACAUCUAACGCCGAUAUAAAGAUAAUUAUGGUAAUGAUGACAAUGAUGAUGAUGAUGAUAAUGAUAAUGUAAAUGCAGAUGAUUAUAAUAACGGCGAUGAUGAUGGUGAUGAAAGAAUGAAAGUGUGAAUGAUGUGGAUGGUAAAUGCGAGGCGAGAGAUAUAACGUUUGAAAGAAAAUUUACAAAUUCAAUACGAUGAAGAUGCUAAAACUAACAGUUUGUUGAUGUGUAGAUAAUGUAGAUAGUAAAUGUAAAUAUAUACAUAUAUACAUAUAUAUAUACAUAUAUAUACUAUGAUCAUGUUGCAAUGAUUGAUUUUUGACGGUACAAGUAGAGAGAACUCUUUGCGGAACACUGUGUAGCUCAUCAUGUAUAAUGCAGAUGUUUAUUGAGCCAAGGCAAACUUACACGACACGCAUAUACAUAUUACAUGCAUACACAUGAGGAUUGAUACACAGAUUACGGGAAGCGUGCUCUCGCGCAACCGAAUAAAUGAUCCAUGAUCUGAGAAAAAUAAAUGUAGUUUUUAAAGAAAAAGAUACCUCGAGCUGAUCUUACGAUUAGGAGAGGAAACGAGAAGUCAAUGAUGUUGCGGAUUGACUCGAGUCAGAGCGUAUUCGCGAAUCUUGUCGUCGGUAAUCUAGUAAAUGUGCUUUUGAGUCACGAGUGACCACAACGAACACACAUGCCUGUGCCUGCUUCGCUCUCUUUGUCUCCCUCCGCCAAGUAUACUCGCAAAUGUUAAACCGCGAGUACUUUGAGCGUGAAUCUUUCUACCAGCGUACGAAUUCCCUUGAUGCAAAACGAUCAAUCACUCUAGAUAGCACAUCGGACGGAGGAUUCAUCGCGUUCUACUCGCGUUACGAUGCUCUUUUAGACCUAGUCUUUGUACGACCGUAUACAACACAAUCACACACACUGUCCGAGCUUAUAUAAUCUCUAUCGCGCGAGCGUCGCCGAGUUAUUAUCGAGCGUGUGUGCACUCGCCCAGCUCUAUCCGGCGCGCCUCGUGUCAAUUGGCAAAGGGAAAAUGAGAACAGAAUCCUGUACGCGCGCAAGGCGAGCGAUUCUCAAUCGCGCAGAAAGAAGAAAAGAGAAGGUGCGCAAAAGUGCGUUUUAAUCAGCUGUCCCGAUAUCGCGCGAAAUCGCGCGGACGAGUUUUUCUAACACGUUGAGUUACUAGCAUCGUGCUGAGUUGUGCAACCAUUUGAGAAGGCCCACUUUGGCGCGUGCCACUGACCCACGACGCAACAACUUUGAACGAAUCGCAUAUUUUGUACCACAUAGACCUAACGACGACACCGCCAUAUAUAUUUCUCUCCUCCUCCCCAUAAUUACUCUAGAUACAAUUUCUACUCCUAUGACCACGCGUUGUAUUGUUUCUACAUGCGAUUACGGCUCUCGUAAUCUUAACGAAGGCGUCCCUCUGCCGGUCGGUUGCCGAUCAGCGGGGGCCGCGUACGACGACCAAGAGUGCAUAUUAUACUUAACAACAACAACACACAACAUGCAAGCACAAUAAAAAAAAACACACACGCAAAAAACUUUUGAUCUAUCUUUACCUCUUUCUCACACGUGACACACGAUCCCUCUCUGCCGAUGUAACAUCGGAGAACGUUCGAAAGACUGAACAGUCGAUCCAAGAUAUUCUGGGAUAAGACCCAAGUGUUCGCGCACUGGUUACAAGACGCACUAAAAAAAAAAAAUAAAUAAAAGAAAAAAAUAAAAGGAAAGAACAGAAGUGGCAAGCGCGUGAUCAGAGUCGUCGACUGGGCAGAGUAUAGUGUGGCACUUACUGAGAAUUUGAAACUGACACAGUUCCAAUGUUUAAUUUUCCACGCGAUGCGAAAAUGGACAUGGUGUAGACGUUAAAAAGUAGAUCUUACUAAGCCUCAUAAACUCGUCACGAGUGAGCAUAGAGUCCGUUUACGCGUGCAUGUAGCACGUAAUUAGCGAGAUCCUAAUCUAUCGGGAUUUGUCUCUCAGUCCCAUGAUGUCGACGAAGCACAAACAAAGUAUCAAGUCAACGUGCAGCACUACCGGCUUUAUUAGUAGAUUCGAAUUUGUACACUCAAUGCGACACAUAGUAACACGUUGCGUACGAUUAGCGUUGCUUAGAGCGUAAAUUAGUUUAGGCGUAAUCAUGUGAUAUUAAAUGAAAAAAAAAUGAAAAAAAAAAGAGUUGCGCUCCUAGAUGAUUUAUCGAGUCGCUUCGACGGUACCACAUGAUUGCACACGCGACAUCGUCAUGUCACACCGCAUACACAUACAUACACAAAAGAUAGAGGUCUUUCCGCUUCCAUGAUCCGCGAAGCGUGCGUGCGAUAGUGGGAACGUUGCUCGAGAAACGGACGGAUUCGAGAUCCGCGGUCGGAAAUAAAUAGCAUCGUGUGCGAGAAAGAGCGAAGUACGUGCAUCCGACAGCAGGUGACGAUAAUGAUAAGCCAAAUGAAGGGAAAAGAAGUACUCAUGACCCUCGCCUUAAUGUGAAAAAAAAAAUCAAGAUGUCAAUGUGCACUGUAACGAAAAUAAAACAUUAAGUAUGUCUGGGAAACGAG